CAUUUCUUUGCGCUUGGUGGGAGAUGUUUUGUGAGAGUGAAAUUAAAAUAAGAAAAUAAUCAAUUCUUUAUUUAUAUAACACUUUAACAAAAUAACGGUGUAUAACUGUAUGCUAAAUAAUCGUAUAAGUUUUUUAAGUGUACCAAUAUGGUGUAAUAUUAAAUUACUGUGGAAUAUACCUAAUUAAUUUAUUCGAAUCCUAUCUUAUCUAUCUAUACCUGAAGUGGGUUUUUAUCUUUUGGUGUUAGUUUAUAGAUACCAGUGUCCUAAGGAUAGUUAGUGUAGCUGGAAGAAAGGAAAAUGGAUACAUUAAAAUUUUAUUUUGUCACCUGGAAUGUGGCUACCAAGAAUCCAGGGCAGGAUCUAAAUGCCCUAUUGGACUUUCCAUCACAGUUCAAUAAAAAUAAACCAUUACCAGACUUUUUUGUGAUUGGGCUGCAAGAAGUAAAAUCUCAGCCACAGAAUAUGGUUAUGGACUCUUUGUUUACCGAUGCAUGGACAUCCUCUUUUAACAAAAUUCUUUGCCGACAAGGGUUUAUUAUUGCCAAGAGUACCAGGUUACAGGGUUUACUCCUGCUGGUGUAUACUCAGAUGAAGCAUGUCACACAUUUGAGGGAUAUUGAAGCUCAGUACACCAAGACUGGACUUGGAGGCAUGUGGGGUAACAAAGGGGCUGUUAGUAUAAGGUUCAACAUAUACGGGGUAUCGGUGUGCCUUGUGAAUUCCCACCUGACUGCGCACGAGCACCUGUUGGCCGAUCGCAUCAAUGAUUACAACACCAUUAUCAAACAACACAUGUACCAUGUCACCGAGACUACCAACAUUUUGUACCAUGACUACGUGAUCUGGUUGGGCGACUUAAACUUCCGAACGGAUCAUCCAGCGGGCAGCAGUCCAACUUCAGAAGAGAUCCUAGCUCAAUUACAGAAGAUAGAAAAGGACAAAUAUGCUUCUCUUCUCGCUCAUGAUCAGCUCAUUGCGGUCAUGGACUCCGGUGAAGCGUUUUCGGAGUUUACGGAGCACGAUAUACGAUUCCCACCGACGUAUAAGUUUAUCAUUGGAGGAGAUGAAUAUGAUGUUAAGAGGAAACCAUCAUGGACGGAUAGAAUUCUUUACAAAGUGAACGCAAAUAAUUAUGAAAACGUGACGUUAAAGGCUGAGGUGGUGUCGUAUAACCACAUGGCUCACUACACAGUCAGUGACCACAAGCCAGUGGUUGCAUUCUUCAAUAUAAAGGUUCGGAAAUCGUUCACUCGCGAGCUUGUAGCUGAACGGCCGCAGAGACCUCCUGGUAUACGAAUGCGGUCUAUGAUCGUCGCUUCUUCUGAGGUAGCUGAGGGAGGACAGGCGGCCAUGUUUAGUGCGCCGAUGUCACCGAUAAACACUGACUCUGCUGACGGUCCCAUGCAUGCUAUGCACUCCGCUAAAGUCGAUACUACAGAUGGGUUGAAUAGUUCAGAGACGUUCUCAAACUAUACAGAGAAGACUGUAGAGUUUGCGCCCAUUACACGGAUCUGGUAUAUCGGUGAUGCUGACUUUAGGACGCAGUGUACGCUCACGCCGGACAUUGAAGUCAAUCCUAAUGAUUGGAUUGGUAUUUACGAUGCCAACUUCCACAGCUUAGAUGACUACAUAGCGUACGAGUACCUGGCUAAGGUCAGUCUCCCCGAGACACCGACUGCUAGUGGCCAGCCCCGUACUAUUACACUGAGCUUCCCGGUCGGCAGUGGAGUCAGGACACCUGGAUUCUACAGGCUUAUAUACUUUAGCCAACCUAAUAACGAUGUUAGGAGUGUUUUGGGUAUAUCAGAGCCGUUCGAAGUAAGUAGCAAAGAGGACAGUUUAGUCGUAAUAGAUCCUUGUGAGCAGGCCUCGAGCAGUUCAUCCCCAGGAAGGUCCAAGCCUUCAACCGCUACCACGGACAUAUUCACCGACUUCACAGGCCUUGAUGUUGCUAAGCUGUCGCGACACUUCUCCAACGAUCUCAGCAUUGACUGACUAAAAACUUACCUGCCCGGUUCACCGGCAAACCUAAGAAAGAACAAUAACGGUGUUUAGAUUGUAUUGUCGGUGUACCCCUAGCUUUAAGCGUAAUUUAAAUUUGGAACGUCACAAAAUUAGAAUUGUUAUUGUCAAAGGCCUACUUGCGACCAUUGUGUAUGUUUUCUGCUUAGUAUAUGCGACCUCACAUCAAGCUAUGCAUAACCAGUAUAAACUGAUCGUUGAAUGUGCCGAAAGAUCAUAUAAAGCGGGUCUAUUAUAAAUUGGUUUUUAUAGGUCUAUGUGUGUGUACAAUGUUCGUGGUUAAAAAUUCCGUUUUACUGUCGCAAAAUACUUUUGUUUUGUAUUAUUUAUGUAUAUGGUUAGAAUGUUAGGCAUAAUAUUGUUCACUUAACAUUGUUUAGGCAUAUUCUCUGUGUCUAGUCGCCGUAGGUCUUAUUGUUAGAGCAUUAUUGUCUGCUCUCUAAUAACAUUUGUUAGCAAGCCAUGUUUGUUGUUCAAAUUAAUUAUUGCAUUUUCCUAGUUGAAUAUAAUAGAAACCGACAGGAAAACCUACUCUUUUCUGCUAUAUUUCUUUAUUUAAUUUUGAACCUUUUUGUGUUUUGAUAUAAAGUCAAAAAUCCAAUGAAAAUUGCAGUAGGUUAACUUGCUGGCGUCUGUACAUAUACAGCUUUUAACCAAAAAGGUCGGUUCAUACAAUUACUGGAUAGAAGUAGGAUUUAAAAAGGCGUAAGCGAUAUAUGAGGUCAUUGACCCUUAUGUAAGGUUAGGAGCACAUAUCCACAAGGUUAUGGUGUAUAAUCGGCUUUAUGCGACCAAUAUUACUUAACUAGUAUCAGGAAUUGAUAUAACAUGUAAAUAAUAAAUAUCUAUUCCAUUAUGUGAUUAUAUUAGUACAAUUUGUAAUUUUUAUAGCAUUGUAUAAAUCGUUCAUUGGUUAAUAUUGUUGUUUAAUGUAGUAACUUGUAAUAUUACAUAAUAAUCGGAAGUUGGGAGGCGAUACGAGGUAUUGGGUUUGUCACAAUUUUAGGCAGUAUUAUAAAAAAAUACGUACGAGUCCAUGACCUGUCAUUCUAAAAAAAAUCAUUCGAUGAAGCUUUAUAUUUGAAAUUAUUUGUGAUUAUUUAUUUUGUGAUUUCGAAAUUAUUUUAUAGGCUUUCGCAUUGUUAUUGGGGCUGUUCAAGUAUUACGUAAGCACUAUGGGGGCGGGGGGGGUCUCUGUUUUGCUUAUUUCGAAUGAUAUGGGGGGUAGACUCCCCGUCUAGAUGAUGAUUACGUCAUCGGUAGUAAUUUACUUUUUUACACGAACGG